AUGGCUUUAAAUUAUAUAAGAGAUUAUCAAUUUUUUAUGAAUUAAGAGAGUAUAUAAAAAGCAAUGGGAUGCUUGUUAUUUAUGAAAUACAAGAAUAUACUUCCUUAAUAUGAUGAAAAACGAUGGGAAAGAUUAAUAAAAUAAUUUAAAUAAGAAUUGUAUAAUGUUUAUUGUUUUCCAAAAGAAUCCCCUUUAUUAAGUUACUUAAAGUGUGGUAUCACAACAUUAAAAUACUUAAUAUUGUGUUUAAGGUAAUUAUAAAUAGGUGAAUAGAUGUCCUAUUUGUAAUAAAUAUAUGCAAGAACUUUCGAAAGAUUUAUUAACAAUAUAGAAAUUAGGAUCAACUUGGAUUUUUAGAAUAUCAGGAGAGUUGAUGGAUGAAAAUAAUCCACCAAUUAUAUUACCAAAUAAUUAAGUUUAUAGUUAGAAAUCAUUAUAGUAGACGAAUUAAUAAUAGAAUAGAUAAGUGUAACAAAGUAGAAAUUUAAAAUGAAUGAUUGCG